AUGAGCACUCCCGCUUUCGACCCUUCCAAGCUCGCCAAGCUCCAAGCCGCCAGAAUCGGUGGUAAGGGAACUCCUCGACGAAAGCAGGUCAAGAAGUCCGGAGCUGCCGCUGCGGGCGAUGACAGGAAGUUGCAGGCCGCUCUGAAGAAGAUGAACGUCCAGCCCGUCACUGGUGUCGAGGAGGUCAACAUGUUCAAGGAGGAUGGCAACGUUUUGCAUUUCGGAAGGCCUCAGGUCCACGCCGACCUUCCUUCCAACACCAUGGCCAUCUACGGUCACGGCCAGGACAAGGACCUCACCGAGCUCGUCCCCGGUAUCCUCAACCAGCUCGGACCCGACUCGUUGGCCUCGCUCCGAAAGCUCGCCGAGUCUUACCAAAACCUCACCGCCCGUCAGGCCGCCGAGAAGAAGGAGUCUGGGGAGGGUGAGGAUGAGGGUGAUGACGUGCCCGAUCUGGUCGAGAACUUUGAAGAGGUCGACGAGGCGGACGCCAAGAAGGAUGAGGCCAAGUUGGAGGAGUUGGCUUAA